AGUUUUCUUUUGUUGCUCAUUUUGUAAAUAUCGUGCAGUUUGUUGUUGUCCGAUUUUAACUGUUUUUCCUAAGAAAAUUACAAGAUUUCCUUUUAUUUUGCUGAUAUUAUUAGAAUAUUCAUUAAAAGCAAUAUGGUUGAUCAAUUGGAUUUAUAUAAAGACUGCAUUACCAAACAGCUGGAAGAGGUGGAUAUGUUAUCCUCUAUUUAUUGUUCACCCGGCGAAAUGCAUAUCUUUGAUCCCGGUGUUAUUAGUGACUUUAAUGAAUUCUUACAACAGCCUUGUGUUGAAAACUUAAGCAAUCUUUUAAAGUCUCAACUGGAUUAUAACAUCAAACUGGAUUUACAAACUUCUAGAGGUAAAACUAACCUAGAAGUGCGCAUUGAAUUGCCACAUUUAUAUCCCAGAUUAGAAAAUGCCAUUGUUAUAGUACAUACCACAUUGUUGAGUAAAAACAAGGAAUCGUAUUUCAAAAAAGAAAUUGAAAAUUUCAUCAAUACUAUGGACAAGUCCGAAACAUAUAUAUUCCAGGUAUUAAGCUGGAUACAAGAAGAAAUAGAAGUAUUAGUGGAACGUGACGCCAGUGAAUUUGAAACUAGUGAGGUGAAUGUGGAAACUAAUGCUGAAGAUGAAUUGGUGGAUUUUGAAAGAUUAUGGAUUUACUCGCAUCACAUUAAGUCUAAAACAAAACGACAGGAGAUCGUUAAACAAUCGCGUAAUUUAGAUUUGACUGGAUUUAUGCGACCGGGAAAACCGGGCAUUAUAUGUGUGGAAGGUUUAAAGGAAUGUACUCAGGAAUUUUGGCGCAUUAUUAAGAGCAUGAAUUGGCAAAAGAUAUGCAUAUGUACUAUUGAGUCUAGGCGAAAACCAAGAGUAAAAAUGGAUGAAUUAAGAAGAUUUACCGGUUUCAAAGAGCAAUUAUUUUGUGAUGAUAUGGAAAAUGAAGAAGGUGUUAUGAAUAUGGGUUUAUUUUUGAAAUACUUGGAACAACACAAAUCGGGUUAUAUGAAAAAGGAACUGUUUGGUUUAAAAUAACACCAGAGAAGAUUUAAAUAUGUACCAUGGGUUAAUUUUGAUAUUUUUAAUAUAUUGUCAUUAAAUGAUAUUAAAGUUCUUGUUAAUUGAAUUCAUAAAGUACCAACGAAUGUUAUUUUUUUAAAUCUAAAUAUUUUGUUAAUUUUUUUAUAAAAAUAAACUUGUUUUCUAAAUAUUUUGUUUAAA